AUCCUUGUUUUCUCAUAUAUAUUCCUUCCUUUGUUUUCAACAACCAAGUGGUAGCCAUGUUGCUUCUCACUUUUCUACCUGACCCUCUGUUUUUUUCUCCUUGUUUCUCUCUUCCUCUCACUUGUUCAUAGCUUCACACAAAUAUUGCUCAAAAACAAAUUCAUUUCUUCUUCUAAAGAGAGCUCGCCAAGUGUUUGGUAGUUUGUUUCCAUGGAAAUGGAGAAGAAUCUGGGAAGGGUUAUGUUGAGUGUGUACUUGUUCAGCUUCUGGGCUUGUUCAUAUGCUCUUCUCACACCCGGUGGUAUUAACUAUGAAGUUAAUGCUUUGAUAGAAAUCAAAAGUUCCUUGGUGGAUCCUCAUCAUGUUUUAGACAACUGGGAUGCUGACUCGGUUGAUCCAUGUAGUUGGACCAUGGUUACCUGCUCAGCUGAUAAGCUAGUAAUUGGCUUGGGGACUCCGAGCCAAAAUCUGUCUGGUACACUCUCAAGCAGCAUUGGAAACUUGACAAACCUUGUAACAGUGCUUCUACAAAAUAAUAAUAUAUCAGGGGAAAUUCCAAUCCAACUUGGGAUGCUUCCAAAGAUUCAUACACUUGAUCUUUCUGAUAACUCUUUCAGUGGCGAAAUCCCUUCAUCUCUUGCCCACAUGAAGAACCUUCAAUACCUGAGGCUGAACAACAAUAGUCUUUCUGGAGAAAUUCCUGCUAGUUUGGCUAGCAUGAUCCAGCUUUCAUUUCUGGAUUUGUCAUACAAUAACCUGAGUGGACCUGUGCCAAACAUUCUGGCAAAAACAUUCAAUCUUAUUGGAAACCCAGCCAUUUGCGCCACGGGUUCAGAGCCUGGCUGCAACGAAACAACAGCAAUCCCUCUGCCAUAUACUGUCCCUAAUCCACAGAAUUCUCAUUUUCCCGGUAUACCCAAAGAUCACAAACUCGCGUUGGUAUUUGGAUCGAGUAUUGGGUGCGUUUGUAUUCUGAUGAUUGUGUUCGGUUUGUUUCUCUGGUGGAGACAAAGGCGAAAUCAACAGAUAUUCUUCGAUAUAGGUGAACAAAAUCAUGAAGAAGUUUGCCUUGGGAACUUGAAGAGAUUCCAGUUCAGAGAGCUUCAGAUUGCUACAAACCACUUCAGCAACAAAAAUAUAGUAGGAAAAGGAGGCUUUGGGAAUGUGUACAAAGGCCAUCUCCAAGAUGGAACUCUUGUUGCUGUUAAAAGGCUUAAAGAUGGAAACGCAGCAGGUGGGGAGAUCCAAUUCCAGACCGAAGUAGAGAUGAUCAGUUUAGCCGUGCACAGAAAUCUUCUCAAACUUUACGGUUUUUGCAUGACAACGACUGAGAGGCUUCUUGUCUAUCCUUUCAUGUCAAACGGGAGUGUUGCUUCUCGACUCAAAGGAAAACCGUCAUUGGAUUGGGGAACACGAAAGAGGAUCGCUAUAGGAGCUGCAAGGGGAUUAUUGUACCUACACGAGCAAUGUGAUCCAAAGAUCAUCCAUAGGGAUGUGAAGGCAGCAAACAUAUUGCUUGAUGAUUACUGUGAGGCUGUUGUAGGAGAUUUCGGGUUGGCUAAGCUUUUGGAUCAUCGUGAUUCCCAUGUCACGACAGCGGUUAGAGGAACAGUUGGCCAUAUAGCACCUGAGUAUCUCUCGACAGGACAGUCUUCAGAGAAAACAGAUGUUUUCGGGUUUGGAAUUCUCCUUCUUGAACUUAUCACUGGCCAAAGAGCUCUAGACUUUGGAAAAGCUGCAAACCAGAAAGGAGUCAUGCUUGACUGGGUUAAGAAAAUUCACCUGGAAAAGAAACUAGAUAUGUUGGUUGAUAAGGACUUGAAAACUAACUAUGAUAGAAUCGAGCUCGAGGAAAUGGUUCAAGUGGCUCUACUGUGUACUCAAUAUCUUCCCAUCCACAGGCCUAAAAUGUCAGAGGUGGUUAGGAUGCUGGAAGGAGAUGGGCUAGCCGAGAAGUGGGAAGCAUCUCAAAGAAAAGUAGAUGGUGGUAGUAGUAGAUGCAGAGGGAAUGAGUUUUCGUCUUCAGAAAGAUACUCUGAUCUUACGGAUGAUUCUUCUUUGCUCAUUCAGGCAAUGGAGCUUUCUGGACCGAGGUAACAACAACUUGAAGAAGACACAGACUUGUAUAAUAGCUUUCUAAGAGUGAAAUUUUGUACAGAAGAAUAAUUUGUGUGAUUUUAGAAUGAUCUAUCUACUAGUAUAAUAAUAACUGGCAUGAAUACUUAUGAAAAGCGAUUAGUUGCAUGAA